UUUAUUUGUUUGAAUUUUAUUUUUUAUAUGAAAUAACUUAGUCCGUAAGUUUUGGGAAGACUUUUUUGUUGUAGCAAAAUUGCGAGAAUAGUGCACCACUUAGUUUAGGUGGGAUUUCGAUAACGUCCUCCUAGUUUAAUCGAAAAUACUUGCCUUUUUUUUUUUUAAGAAGUAGGAAUUCUUAAUUUCAUGCCGUGUGACAUGUAUGUCAAGAUUUCUUCUUCGUAUAUUUUUUUAUAAAUUAUUUUUACAUAAUAUUUGUAAAUCUGUGAAUUAGAGGAGAUAGGAAUGCCUCCUUCCUUGGGCAAGGAGGAAAGCAGUUUCCUAGUCCAAUUUUGUCAAUUCAACAGGAGACUUAUGUCAUAAAAAGCACCACUACGCUCUUACUACCCAACAAAAACCCUAGAACCCCAAACUUGAUCCCAUCAGCACACAGACAGCUAUGGCUCGUCACAGAGAUGAAGAUGACUACGAACCAGACCAAGUUCUAGAUGGGGAUGAAGAAGAGGAACAUGAGGAGGAGCAGGGAGGACAAAUAUCCAGACAGAAGCGGAGGAGAUCGGAUUUCAGAGACGAUGAUGAGGCUUAUGGUGGUGGUGUGAGUCGUAAACGGAGGAAUAAGAGGCCUAUUGGGUCAAAGUUUUUUGAUAUCGAGGCCGAGGUCGAUAACGAUGAGGAGGAGGAAGAGGAAGAUGAGGGCGAGGACGACUUCAUUGUUGAUACUGGAGCUGAUCUCCCUGAAGAAGAACAUGAUGGUAGAAGGAUGCAUCGUCAUCGUCCAUUGCGGCCGCAAGAAGAUGAGCAAGAAGAAGAUGUUGAAGCGCUUGAGAGAAGAAUUCAAGCGCGGUAUGCAAGGUCAUCACCUAGUCGUGCAGAAUACGACGAGGAGGAGACAACUGAUUUGGUGGUGAAUCAGCAAGCUCUUUUACCUUGUGUUAGGGACCCAAAGUUGUGGAUGGUGAAAUGCGCGAUCGGUCGUGAGCGAGAGGCAGUUGUUUGCUUAAUGCAAAAGUAUAUUGAUAAACCUAAACUGAACAUCAAGUCUGCUGUUGCCCUAGACCACCUCAAAAGCUUUAUAUACAUUGAAGCCGACAACGAAGCCCAUGUGAGGGAGGCUUGCAAAGGUCUGCGCAAUAUACUUGCCCUACAUAAGGUAAACCGUGUUCCGAUCGGAGAAAUGACUGACGUUCUUUCGGUUGAAAGCAAGGCAAUUGAUGUUUCUAGGGGCACAUGGGUCAGAAUGAAGAUGGGGACCUAUAAAGGAGACCUUGCCAAGGUUGUCGGUGUCGAUGAUGUGCGGCAGAGAGUCAGGGUAAAAUUAAUUCCAAGGAUUGAUUUACAAGCUAUUGCAAAUAAACUGGAGGGCAGACAAGUUGUGAAAAAGAAGGCAUUUGUUCCUCCUCCACGCUUUAUGAAUAUUGAUGAAGCAAAACAACUGCAUAUUCGUGUAGAGCGUAGACGAGAUCCGGUGACUGGUGAUUACUUUGAGAGUAUUGAUGGCAUGCUGUUUAAAGAUGGUUUCCUGUACAAGGCAGUAUCGAUGAAAUCAAUUAGCUCUCAAAACAUACGUCCCACUUUGGAUGAACUUGAAAAAUUCCGGAAACCCGGGGAGAAUGGUGCCCGUUUGUCAACUUUAUUUUCAAACAGAAAGAAGGGACCCUUUGUGAAGGGUGAUACAGUUAUUGUUGUCAAGGGAGAUCUUAAAAAUUUGAAAGGAUGGGUUGAGAAAGUUGAGGGAGAGAUUGUUCAUAUCAGGCCCGAAAUUAAACAACUUCCAAAAACUCUUGCCUUAAACGAAAAAGAGCUUUGCAAAUACUUCGAACCUGGGAAUCAUGUGAAAGUUGUAUCUGGUACUCUGGAAGGUGCAACUGGUAUGGUUGUUAAGGUUGAGCAGCAUGUGCUCAUCAUUUUAUCCGAUAUAACCAAGGAACAUAUCCCUGUGUUUGCUGAUGAUGUUGUGGAGAGUUCUGAGGUGACAUCCGCUAGUUGCUAUUCUGAUGCAGGAGCAUCUACAAGGCUCUCCAAGAGUACUUGGGCCCGUUAGUCUAUUCUUUUACUAGGUUUUCUUUGAAUUUCCUGUUCUGGUUUAAUUUUCCAGAGAGUUGAUUAGCAUCCAACCUCAAGUCACUUAGGUUUACUAGUUGACAAGGUUCAG